UUUUAUUAAUUUUGACAACGGUCUUGCAGUUUUUUCCAGAAUGCCAACCAUUGCUGUAAUUGGUCUUUGGUCUAAAUGUAAACUUAAUAUUUGACCUAAAGAGUUUAACAAAAUUUAACAAAAUUUCUCCAUGUUCUCGCAAGGUUGAAGACAAAAUUUAGAAUAGAGAGAAGUCUAAAAAGUAGUUAAUUUUAACCUGAGUAGACCUGACCUGACCUGACCAGACCUAACAGAGUUUAUUAAAACUUGACAAAUUUUCUCAAUGUUCAACACAGAAUUUAGAAUAAAUAGUUUAGAAAAAAGUUAAUUUUGACAUGACUUGACCUGACCUGACUUGAUCAGACCUAACAAAGUUUAACAAAACUUAACAAUUUUUUUCAGAUGUUCUCGCAAGGUUCAAGACAAAAUUUAGUUUAAGGAGAAGUCUAAAAAGUAGUUCAUUUUUAACCUGACUAGCUCUGACCUGACCUGACCUGACUUGACAAAGUUUAUCAAAACUUGACAAAAUUCUCAAAAAUUCUCGCAAAGUUCAAGACAAAAUUUAGAAGAGAUAGAAAUAUAGAAAGUAGUUAAUUUUGACCUGACUAGAUCUGACCUGACCUGACCUGACCUAACAGAGUUUAACAAAACUUGACAAAAAUUUUUAAUGUUCUCGCAAAGUUCAAGAGAAAAUUUAGAAUAAAUAGAUGUCUAGAAAGUAGUUAUUGACUAGAUCUGACCUGACAUGUGAUAAUUUUCAAAGUUGCAAACUUAGUAUUUGUUACUUUCGUCCAGAAAUGGAACAGUUUGAACGAACAAGGAAUAAUCCAACUUGUAGUCAGUCACUAAACAAUAAAUUAAAUUUUCCAAAUGUGUCACAAACAUUUCUGACAUGACGCAUCCCUGUACCGCCUGUUUGAGCAAAUUCACCAACUGUGUCGUAAUCCCACAGCGCUACUUGUUGGUAAUUAUGAUCAGUCUCUCAAUCCUCAACGCGUACACGAUGCGUGUUUGUCUCUCCAUGACCAUAACCCAGAUGGUAGUCAAGAAAAACGUCACGGAAAGCACCACAGAAUCGGUCUGUCCCAGCGAUAAAACCUUCAAAGGCUUCGAAAUGCGCAAAGAAACGGUCUAUGACUGGGACGAGAAGAAGCAAGGUCUCAUUUUAAGUUCGUUUUAUUGGGGCUACUUUAUAACCCAUAUCCCGGGCGGCCUUUUAGCCGAAAAACUCGGAGGCAAACACGUGCUAGGAAUAGGGAUGUUAACCAACGCCGUUCUGACCAUUUUGUUCCCUUUUAUUCUAAAGGGCUCGGAAGGCGAUUGGAUAACUGUGGUGGUACUUCGGGUCGUCAUGGGUCUGGGUCAGGGGGCUUUGUACCCAACGGUGGCCGUGCUUCUAGCCCAAUGGAUCCCACUUGGGGAACGUGGUACUGCCUCUUCCAUAAGUUUCGCUGGGGCGAUGAUGGGUACUGUUAUUUCCAACUCGCUAAGUGGGGUACUCAUGACCCAUUACGAGGGCUGGGAGGUGGUGUUUUACUUUUUCGGGGUUUGGGGACUCGUUUGGAACGUGUUCUGGCAGUUGGUUUGCUACUCGUACCCAAGGACUAACCCAUGUUUGAAGCCCCAGGAGAAGGAGUUCCUGGAUCAGGAGUUGAAGGAGGUCAGUGAGAACAAACCUCCAACCCCAUGGAAGGAAAUUCUGAGUUCGUUGCCCGUCUGGGCGUUGAUUGUGGGCCAGUUUGGGCACGACUGGGGUUGGUUUACCAUGGUUAGCGAUUUGCCCAAGUACAUGGACUCGGUACUGCGCUUCCACGUCCAGAGCAAUGGGUUAUGGUCGGCUUUUCCCUACUUGUUGAUGUGGGGGGCGACCAUUGGUGCUGGGUACCUAGCCGACUUUGUUAUCAACAGGGAGUACCUUUCCGUGGCCAACACCAGACGAGUUCUGUCGACUGUUGGUACUAUGGGCCCGGCCAUUUUCAUGGUUGCGGCGUCCUAUGUCGGUUGUAAUAAAAUAGCAGCUGUGAUGAUGUUCACUUUGUCGUUGGUUAUGAUGGGUUUUUUCUAUCCUGGGAUGAAAGUGAACUCGAUUGAUUUAUCGCCCAAUUUUGCUGGUACUGUCAUGGCACUCAAUAAUGGUGUGGGCGUUUUCGCGGGAAUGGCAGCCCCGGCUGUGGUGGGGCUUCUGGCACCAAAUCAAACUAUGGACGAAUGGAGGACGGUUUUUUGGGUCAGUUUUGGGAUUUUUGCAUUCACCAAUGUCAUAUACGUGGUGUUCAUGUCGGGGAAAGUCCAGAAAUGGAACGAUUUGAAGCGGGAACAAGUCGAGGGUUUUGGCAAAUAA